CCGAGUCCGCCCGUGCGCGCCGGCCGCUAGCUGCCCGCUCGCCCGCUCUCUCGCCCGCCGCCCUCCGCCGCAGUCCGCGCCCAUUCUCGCCCGCACCCCCCGCAGCCCGUGCCCGGCCAUGACCAUGCUGUCCUUCCAGUACCCCGACGUGUACCGGGACGAGACCUCCGUACAGGAUUAUCAUGGACAUAAAAUUUGUGAUCCGUAUGCUUGGCUUGAAGACCCAGACAGCGAGCAGACAAAGGCUUUCGUGGAGGCACAGAACAAGAUCACGGUGCCGUUUCUUGAGCAGUGUCCAAUCCGAGGAUUAUACAAGGAGAGAAUGACUGAACUGUAUGACUACCCCAAGUACAGCUGCCACUUCAAGAAGGGAAAGCGGUAUUUUUAUUUUUACAAUACAGGUUUGCAGAACCAGCGUGUCCUGUAUGUGCAGGAUUCCUUAGACGGGGAAGCCAGAGUGUUCCUCGACCCCAACACUCUGUCGGAUGACGGCACAGUAGCACUCCGAGGUUAUGCCUUCAGUGAAGACGGUGAAUACUUUGCCUAUGGUCUGAGUGCCAGUGGCUCAGACUGGGUGACGAUCAAGUUCAUGAAAGUCGAUGGUGCCAAAGAGCUUCCUGAUGUGCUGGAGAGAGUCAAGUUCACCUGUAUGGCCUGGACCCAUGAUGGCAAGGGGAUGUUCUACAACUCAUACCCAAAGCAGGAUGGGAAGAGUGACGGGACAGAGACAUCCACCAAUCUCCACCAGAAGCUCUGCUACCACGUCUUGGGGACAGAUCAGUCAGAAGAUGUUUUGUGUGCUGAGUUCCCUGAUGAGCCCAAAUGGAUGGGGGGAGCCGAGCUCUCGGAUGAUGGUCGCUACGUCUUGUUAUCCAUCUGGGAGGGAUGUGAUCCGGUAAACCGACUGUGGUACUGUGACCUCCAGCAGGAAUCCAACGGUAUCACUGGAAUCCUGAAGUGGGUAAAGCUGAUAGACAAUUUUGAAGGAGAAUAUGACUACGUAACCAAUGAGGGGACGGUGUUCACGUUCAAGACGAACCGCAAUUCUCCUAAUUACCGUCUGAUCAACAUCGACUUCAUGGACCCUGACGAGUCUAAGUGGAAAGUGCUUGUUCCCGAGCACGAGAAAGAUGUCUUAGAGUGGGUGGCUUGUGUCAGGUCCAACUUCCUGGUUUUGUGCUACCUCCAUGACGUGAAGAACAUUCUGCAGCUUCACGACCUGACCACAGGUGCUCUCCUCAAGACCUUCCCGCUGGACGUGGGCAGCGUAGUGGGGUACAGUGGGCGCAAAAAGGACUCGGAGAUCUUCUACCAAUUCACAUCCUUUCUGUCUCCAGGUGUCAUUUACCACUGUGAUCUUACCAAAGAGGAACUGGAACCCAUGGUUUUCCGCGAGGUGACAGUGAAGGGAAUCGAUGCUUCUGAUUACCAGACAAUCCAGGUUUUCUACCCCAGCAAGGACGGCACCAAGAUCCCGAUGUUUAUAGUGCAUAAAAAAGGCAUAAAGUUGGAUGGCUCGCAUCCUGCUUUCUUAUAUGGCUAUGGAGGCUUCAACAUCUCCAUCACACCCAACUACAGCGUAUCCAGGCUCAUUUUUGUGAGACACAUGGGCGGCGUCCUCGCAGUGGCUAACAUCAGAGGCGGUGGUGAAUAUGGAGAGACGUGGCACAAAGGUGGUAUCCUGGCCAACAAACAAAACUGUUUUGAUGACUUUCAGUGUGCUGCCGAGUAUCUCGUUAAAGAAGGCUACACGUCCCCCAAGAGGCUUACCAUCAACGGAGGCUCCAAUGGCGGCCUCUUAGUGGCUGUUUGUGCAAAUCAACGUCCAGACCUCUACGGCUGUGUUAUUGCCCAGGUUGGAGUGAUGGACAUGUUGAAGUUCCACAAGUUUACCAUUGGUCAUGCCUGGACCACUGAUUAUGGGUGCUCAGACAGCGAGCAGCACUUCGAAUGGCUUCUCAAAUACUCACCGCUGCAUAACGUGAAGCUUCCGGAGGCGGACGACAUCCAGUACCCUUCCAUGCUUCUCCUCACGGCUGACCAUGACGACCGGGUAGUCCCGCUGCACUCCCUGAAGUUCAUUGCCACGCUUCAAUACAUUGUGGGCCGCAGCCGGAAGCAGAGCAACCCCUUGCUGAUCCACGUGGACACCAAGGCUGGCCACGGGGCCGGGAAACCCACUGCCAAAGUGAUAGAAGAAGUUUCCGAUAUGUUCGCGUUCAUAGCGCGGUGCCUGAACAUCGAGUGGAUUCAGUAAAUGGGAUUUCCGGCUCCUCCCAACAGCCACAGGAAACCUCAAGGGCUUUCUCACCAUCCUGACCAAGAAACCACUGGGCAGAGUGCUGCCCGUGUGAGCACUGUGCCUCCGCUCACAGACAGCAACUGAGCAGAACUGCCGUGGAUUUUAUCUUUUCUAGGCUUCUCCUUUAUAGCAAGCCCUUGAUGUUUCAUUUCUUUAGUUUUUUUCCCACUUUAUCAAGGCACAUAUUUUAAAAGGGGGGAGAAGGGGGCAUGUUUGGAUAAGAAACUAAAUGGCGAUGCACAUGAUGUGAAUAUUAGACCCCUGGAUUGAGUAGGGGUCGUAGUUGGGCAUACUCAUAUAUAAUAAUGAAGUUGCUUCUCUAACCAUAGCAUAUAUCCUUAAAUAAAUGGGAGACCUCGAGGGAGACUCCACUGCAAUACUAAUAAAUGCUAUUUAAGAGUG